AUGGGCAAGUAUCUUAGGAAAGCCAAGGUCUCCGGCGAGGCCGCCGUCAUGGAGGUGUCCCACCACUCCUCCCUCGGCGUCCGCACACGCGCCCGGUCCCUCGCCGCGGCCACCGGCCAAGACUCGUCCAGCGCCUACCUCGAGCUCCGGAGCCGCCGCCUCGAGAAGCCCCUCUCGCCUCCUCCCUCAUGCAACUCCGAGAAGCCUGGCCCUGACCCGAGGGUGGAUUUUCGGUCACCGGGGUCCGUCUCGACGAGCAGGUGCUCGGCGGUCGCAGCGGAUACCGAGGUGUCAUUCAGGGAGACUAUUUUGGAGUCCGGUGCGAGGGACAGCUAUGAUAGGGAGACCAUACCUUGCAGUUUGAUUAGGGACCGAGAUCCUACAAGCAGAUCCACCAUUUCAGCAGUCACUGUUAAGCAGAGCAGCCCUACUGCUCAUGAGAUGGAAGAGUUUUUUGCUGCUGCAGAGCAACUCCAACAACGAAUAUUUUUAGAAAGGUACAACUUUGAUCCUGCAACCGAGCAUCCGCUGCCUGGCCGGUAUGAAUGGGUAAAAGAUGACUUGUAG